ACCCGAGGACCUCAGUGAGCCACCCACUACAUUCACGGUGCUUCGCAGAGCUCCUGAAAACUAACUAUGGAAUCCGUUUCCAAGGCAAGGGAACGAUUGGCUAAGUACCCCUUGAUAUUUGCAAAGUGCUCCAAACAAAGUGCUUUGUACGCCCGCUGUGUUUUACUCAAAGAAGGUUCCGUGAAAAAAGACGAUUGUGUGAAAGAAUUCGAAGAGUUUAAAACUUGUUUGACUUCUGCUGCAAAGAACUUGAAGACUAGGAUUUAAGAUGCAUCGAUUGUUC